UGUGAGGUCCCUGCCAUCAUAAAGUUUGGAAAACCCCUGCUCUAAAGAACUUUAUUCACUAAAGUGAAACAAAAAGAUUCUUCAGAUGUCAAAGGUUCAUAGUGGAACUGUACAGCCAAAAAUAGUUCUUCUAUGACAUUGUGUAGCACCUAUAUUUUUAAGACUAUUACCACCACAAAAAAAACAUAAUGCAAUUGUAUAUUCCUGUGUUGGUCUUUGUCUUAGAUCUGAUCUGCAGUGCGGUUCUAGCUUCCUUCCCCAAUGUUCUAGAUCAGCCGGACUUAAUGGAUGCAUUUAGGAAAUCAUGGACCGAAUCAGUGAGUAACCUGAGACGAACUGAAAAGAGGGACAUUAAUGUGCUAAAGCAGUUGUUUGUCAGCGUAUAUAUGGGAAGUGUCUAUCCAUUGUUGUAUUGUGUGGAGAUGCCCACUCCCUGCUGGGCUGAUGAAGAGGUGGAGUCUCAACGUGCCCGAUUCAUCUACAGCCCUUCCCGAAAAAUCUCUGUAGGAACUAUGCUGACAUCUGAAUGCUCACAACAAGCCUUUGACAUCACACAGGUCACGUAUGACCUCAUCAGCAACGCCCAGCACUGACACAGUGUCACCUUCAUCAUGUAAACACCUCAUUAGCAGUGUAUCAGUUUACCUGUACCUGAUCGACCGGAUCAGAAACUGGUGUGCAAUCUUACAAAUCAGUUUUAAAAUCUAAGACAGCACUUCUUUGUUAAAAGAUUAGAUUUGAAUGUUUCAUCAUUCGUAUUUGUAUAUUUACAGCACAAAUAAAUAGUUGAACUAUUA